AUGGGACUGGUACUAUCUGUGAUUCAAGAGCUGAAGCUACUGCUCGUGACUAUACAAGAUCUCAACAAUGACUUCCGAGCGGUCCAGUCGCGGAUCAGGACAUCUCCUGGACUGCCGGUGCCCUCUCCUACCAGGUCAUCUUGGCAGACGCCUGCCUCUCCUUUGUGUGGGUUCCAGUCCGAACUGCUGCCUCAGGAGGUGGAUAUCCUCAUCAUCGGCUCUGGAAUUACCGGCUGCGCCGUCGCCAGGGCCAUCCUCAGGAAUCCAAAGGGACGCGAUCUAUGCGUCACUGUUGUAGAUGCCAGAGAAAUAUGUUCGGGCGCAACAGGACGGAAUGGCGGACACAUCAAGGAGUCGCCGUAUAUCGACUUCGAGAAACUCAAGAGGAGAUACGGGGAACCCGCCGCUAGGAAAAUAACUGAUUUCCAGAUGUCACACCUGCAGCGGUUACUCGAUGUCGCUGAAGACAUCGCCGCAACUGAAGCGUCAGAGAUCAGGCGGGUGGAUACUGUUGAUGCCUAUUUUGGUCGGAACUGCUGGGAAGAUGCUGUUCGAAGAUUACAUGACUUCCUGGACGCCUACCCGACGGAGAAAACCCAUUACAAGAUAUGGAAUCAAGACGAAGCACGUCAAGAAUUUUCUCUCACCAAUGUAGACGGAGUAAUAACAGGGCCAGCCGGCGCUCUCUCACCGUACAAACUGGUCACAGCUAUCCUACAAUCCCUUGCUCGUCAAUACCCGAAAUUCACAAUUGAGUCAAAUACUGCAGUUCUAGAUAUACAGGCCCCUGCCAACUUCCAAUCAUCCUACACCGUAAGGACAUCCCGCGGGACACUCUCCGCCCAACAGAUUGUGCACGCCACCAAUGCCCACGUAUCGCACCUUCUCCCAGGGCUCAGGGAGAAGAUCCUGCCACUUCGCGGACAGAUGACGUCCCUCCUGCCAGUGCCUCGCGAGCCCAACCUUCCAGGAGGGGCAUCGCGCUCUUGGAGCUUCAUCUACGAGAGGGGGUUCGACUACCUUACCAUCCGCCCCUCUGGGCAUAUCAUGUACGGUGGAGGAUGGGCGCAGAGCGGCAACCAGGGUCUCGACGACGUCGGCGUUGCCGCUGAUGAUGACCAGGCGCUGUUCGCCAGUGCUCAUUUGCUCGGUAUUCUCCCCUCGAUAUUCGAUCCCAAGGUCCUGAAGGGCGUGGAGGUGGAGGGCAGGUGGACGGGCUCGCUGGGUAUGUCAGCGGACUGGCUGCCUUGGGUCGGUAAAGUGCCCCAGAGCGUGAGUAGAAGAAAAGGUGGAGGCGAAUGGGUCUCUGCUGGAUAUACGGGUGAAGGGAUGGUCAACGCUUGGGGUUGCGGCGAGGCCCUCGGUAAGAUGAUCAUGGUCUUGAAGACCAUUAUCGAGGAUAGCACCCUCAGCGAAUGA